UUUCGCGAAUCGCGUGAUUUCGAAGACGUGUGGAUCCAUCGAUCGGGUCGAUGGAUGGAUGCCUCGGAUAUAUAUAUAUGGGUCGCGGGAAAAACUCACUGAUUUGUGACGCUAUUUUUCCAGCAAAAUUCCUGGCCGAUCGAGCAGAAACAUCGACACCGUUUCGUGUGUGGAAUUGGAAGGAGGGAGGGGAAAAACAAAGAGGCGAUUUCGAGACAUUCGAAAAUUCGGGGAAUGAAAUGGAAAGAUAAGGAGGAAAUCUUUGGAAUGAAUGGAUUUAAGAAAAUUGAACUCGAUUCCUUCGUUUUAUGAUUUUGAUUUGAAAUAUUGUAACGAUUCUCGUGAUCAUCGAAGAAGUGAUCGAAGAAGAAUUACUGCUCGAUUCUUGUAAGAUUCUCAGAAUCAUAGAAGAAGAGAUUGAUUGAGAAGAAGAGAAGAAGAGAAGGAAAAGAAACGUCGUCACAAUGAGAUUGCUAUUAUCCAUUUGUCUGGCGAUAUUAGCGUGCGGUUGGUGCGACGGUUUGCGAAUUCUUGCCCUAUUUCCAAUAACCGGAAAGAGCCACUGGAUAAUGGAGGAACGGUUGAUGAUAAAAUUGGCGGAGCGAGGCCAUCACGUGGACAUUUACACCCAUUUCCCCAUGAAAAAUCCGCCAAAGAAUUACAAUCAAUAUUCGUUGGAGGGAUCGUUAGAAAUCGCGGUGAAUAGUAUCACCGCGGACAAUGUAACACACUUUGGUAAUGUGAAUUUGGAAAAGAUGAGCUAUAUAGCCGGUGAUCGAUUGUGCGAUCUAAUGAAACAUCCUCACAUUCAAAAACUGAUAAAAAAUCCUCCCAAGGAACCGUACGAUCUCGUCGCGACAGAGUUAUUCAUGUCACCAUGCUAUUUGGCAUUCGGCACUUAUCUAAAAGUACCCGUGAUCGGUAUGAUCACCUCCAGUUUCAUAGACUGGUUUAGUCACAGAGCGGGAAAUCCGAUAAAUUUAGCCAUCACGCCCGGUCUAUUAACUUCGUUCACUGAACGGAUGACUUUCUGGGAGAGAUUGCAGAAUACCUUCAUAACCAACCUGAUCAUGCUGCAGACCGACUAUUAUGUAAACAAGCAAAACAGUUACGUGAAACGAUAUAUGGAUCUGGACGUGGAGAUACCUGAAUUGUACAAAAAUCUUGCGCUCAUCCUUGUCAACUCUCAUCACAGUGUAACAGGUGUCACCACUAAGCACACUGGUAUCAUCGAGGUCGGAGGAUUACACCUCAAAGAGGACGGAGAUCCUUUGACACCGGAAAUGCAAAAAUGGUUGGACGAAAGUACGCACGGUUGCGUGUAUUUCACGUUCGGCUCGAUGGUGAGGAUCGAGACAUUCCCUAAAUCCCUCGUGGAAACGUUCUACAAAGUUUUCAAGAGGAUCGCGCCUGUUCGAGUAAUGAUGAAAGUGGCGAAAAAAGAAGAUCUACUUCCUGGACUGCCAAACAACGUGAUGAUACAACCUUGGUUCCCUCAAGUAUCCGUUUUGAAACACAAAAAUCUGAAAGCGUUCAUCACGCAUGGAGGGCUGAUGGGGACGCAAGAAGCGAUCUACUUCGGAAUCCCAUUGAUUGGAAUCCCACUUUUCGGCGAUCAAAACUUGAAUCUUCAAAAUGUGGCUAGGAAAAAUGUAGCAGUGAAUCUUGGCUCGUUCAAGAAUGUCACGGAAGAGAACUUGUACAAUGCAAUUAAAAGUGUUCUGUACGAUGAAAAAUACAAAUCGAACAUGCAAAAAUUGUCAGAAUUAUUCAAGGACAGACCCAUGACGGCCCUUGACACCGCUGUUUAUUGGGUAGAAUACGUGGCUAGACACGGAUACAUCCUGCAGUCAUCGGCCGUACAUCUCAACGUGUUCCAACAGAAUCUUUUGGACGUUUAUGGAUUCAUGCUUCUGUGUGUGGUGACAGUUCUGUAUCUCGUCAUUCUCUUGAUACGAAAAGCGAAGAACUUUGUAUUCGGACAUAAAUCUUGUCUUUUCAAAAAAAAUCAAUCCAAAGAAGAAGAGUCGAAGAAGACGAACUGAAUCCUUUUUUAAAUACGUAUAUCUAAGAAUGUGUACAUUGUGUAUGAAUGUGUAUCGUUUUAUGUGCAUACAAAUUUUCGUAAUAUCGUGCAUAUUCACUUUUUUACACUUAUCUAAUUAAUAAAUACAUUUAUUUAUAUAAA